CCUGUGAAGAAGACAGAAAUACAGCCUGUUAGGAAGACAGAGACACAGCCUGUGAGGAAGACAGAGAUACAGCCUGUGAAGAAGACAGAAAUACAGCCUGUUAGGAAGACAGAGAUACAGCAUGUGAGGAAGACGGAGAUACAGCAUGUGAGGAAGACAGAAAUGCAGCCUGUGAGAAAGACCGAGAUACAGCCUGUGAGGAAGACAGAUAUACAGCCUGUGAGGAAGACAGAAAUAUAA